UUCCCCCCACCAGCAUUAAAACGUGUCAUGUACCGGAAACGCGUUUCCUCUGACUUGGCGGUGAUGUGUGUUUUUAAACUGCUCGCAAAUCAGCUCAGAAGUAAGAGAUGUGCGGUGACCGUGCUGGAGGUUCUGCAGGAUUCCUGUAAGAGCCCGAUAGAAAUGGAUCAUUACAGCCUUCCAGAGGAUCCACACAUCUAAAAGGAGCGGCUGAAGUUUAUUAUUUCAGAUGUCCUGAGGAUUUCACUGUGAACUUCAGAAAAAUCAGGCUCGGGGCUGUUGCAGAGAGCAGCACGAUUGCCUGGACGCCGGCAGUGCCCAUCUGGAGCCCAGUGCCAGCCACACCGAUGCUUCUUCUGGAGGAAGUGGACGAGUUCACACAGUGUAGUUAGGCCGGCUGUGGUGCGCCCUCCUUAUGCUGUACCAAAGCACAUCCAGAAGCCGGACUAUGUCUCGUCGAGCACAGUGCCUGAGUGGCCUGAUUACAUUGAGAUUAAAGAUGAAGAGCAGAUUCAGGGUUUGAGGAGAGCCUGCCAGCUCGCCAGACACAUUCUCCUGCUCGCUGGAAACAGCCUCAAGGUUGGCAUGACGACAGACGAAAUAGACUUCAUUGUGCACCAGGAGGCGAUCAGACACAACGCCUACCCCUCUCCUCUGCUCUACGGUGGAUUCCCCAAAUCAGUCUGCACCUCUGUAAACAACGUGGUGUGUCACGGCAUACCAGACAGUCGACAGCUUCAAGACGGUGAUAUCAUUAACGUAGACGUUACUGUUUACCUGGAGGGUUACCAUGGAGACACAUCGGAGACAUUUUUGAUUGGUUCGGUGGACGAGCGAGGCAGGAAGUUGGUGGAUGUGGCGAGGCAGUGCAGAGACCAGGCCAUCGCUGCGUGUGGACCAGGACAGCCACUAUGUGUUAUUGGUAACACGAUCAGUGAAAUCGCCAACUCGAGCGGCUUUUGCGUGUGUCCGUACUUCAUCGGUCAUGGCAUCGGGUCCUAUUUCCACGGUCACCCAGAGAUAUGGCAUCAUGCCAAUGACAAUGACUUGCAAAUGGAGGAGGGCAUGGCCUUCACCAUAGAGCCCAUUCUAAUGGAAGGAACCUCGGAAUUCCGUAUCCUUAGCGACAACUGGACUGCGGUUUCUAUGGACGACAAAAGGUCAGCCCAGUUUGAGCACACGGUUGUUAUCACCUCCGAUGGCGUGGAGAUUCUGACCAAACUGCCAGACGAAGCUUGACUGUGGUCGAGGAGCAAGUCUGUGUGUGUCUAAGCCUGAAUAAGAGCGUGUCAGAACUGUGUGAGAGAUGUGUUUGUAUGUGUAAUACGCAGAAAGAGCGCUAUUUGAAUAAAAACCUUUUGUAGUGUCCAAACAAACGUGUCUUCUGCAUUUUUAAAGGGCUCAUAUAAUGGAAAACUGAAUUUUCCACAGUUUAAAAUAAAUAAAUAAAUGUUGUGUGUAAACACUGUUACAUACCCAGA